AUGCACUACUGUCUUGGAUUUUAUACAUACAGAGGUGGCAAAAGCCAAGAAGGUAAGGCUGAGAUUGCAAGACAUGGCUUAGGUUACUGUGUUGUUCAGAAGUUACUGCGUUUGGGUAGUUAUUUGAACAAGGGAUAUCACAUCUUUGUGGACAACUUUUUCAUGUCAGUACCACUUGUAAAAAGUCUCUACAAACUAGGUACAUGCAUUACUGGCACUGUAAGAAAACACAGGAAAUAUUUGCCAGAGCAAUUUAGAAAGAAAUUUGGAAUUGGGCAAAGGAUGUAUUGUAAGUCAGGUCCAGUACUAGCAUGUGUGUACGGAGAGAAAAAAUCCCAGCAUACCCCCGUUCUCUUAUUGUCAAGUAAAGUUGGUGCUGGUGACAUUGAAGUCCAAAAUAAAAAUAAAACAGUAAAAAAGCCAGAAAUAAUACACCAGUACAACCAGUAUAUUGGUGGAAUAGACACAUCCGACAUGAUGCUGCAUGCGUAUCUGGAUGAGAGGCGAACUCUUCGUUACUGGAAGAAGGUAGCUUUUAACAUAAUGUUAAGAAUGGUACUGAACUCUUACAUAUUAUACAAAGAGCAUAAUAAGGGAAGGAAAUUUGUUUCCAGAUAUGUAUAUACUGUAAUGAUAAUUGAAGCCUUGUCAGAUGAAUGGCUGCAAGAAAAAAAUGCAAUUGAUGACCCUCAUGGUGCUCCGGGUUUGAGAAAACUUCCAGAGAAGAAAGAGUCAAGAUGCUGUGUGUGUACCAGUCAGGGAAGGAAAAGAGGGUCAGGAACUGUUUGUAAUGGUUGUAAUAAGGGGUUGCAUGGUGAAUGUUUUCCUAAACACACAUGCUAA